AUGUUGAGGCCUGCUGGUUGCGAAGUAACAAAAAUUAGGCCUGCUAUGCCAGAAGGGGUGAAGACAAGAUCUCCGUUAAUAAGAUCUAUAUCUUCAAAAGACCUUAGAAGGAAAGGAGGCCGCCGAAAUGGCUAUUUAAGUCCAGAGAAUUCUUCAAAUAAAGAUGCCAACGAUUCGUCCUCAGAAGCCGAAGAACACUUGCUACAAGAUCUUGAUAAUAUUCUUUACAAAAAGUUGCAUUUGGGUGAAACAAGUCCCAACGGAGGGAGUGUGCGUGGGUCUCCAAUAUCAAGUUCGCCACCGAACACGCAUGAUCACUCAGACGAUGACCAAGAGAAUAAUGCUUUAGAUCAAGACGCCGAGGAAGAAGCAGAGAAUGAGGACUUCGCUAAUGUGGAUGAGAUAGAUGGCCCUAUUUCCCCUUCAUCGAGUAGCGGAAGCUUGAAAGACCUUGCAAAAGCUAAUGUUAAUAAAGGCACAGACCAAACUUUGAACAAUGACAUCGAUUAUAACUUACCCGUGGAUAAAGAGUUUCAAAAUCAACUUAACAAACGAGCGGAAGAAAUCGAGAAAGACGGUUCUAUAUUUCAAUCUUCGAGAACAACGUUGGAAUGGUCAAUCCAGGAUUUUUAUUCCCUGUAUGAUGAGCUCCCCGACUGGUUUUGCUCUGUCGACUACAACAUGCUGGGCGACGCAAAGCGCUGCUUUGAAAAGAGCUUCAGUCCUACCCGCUUCACAGUGGAACAUUCGUAUGCUGCUUCUGUAUUAGAGCAGCUGACAUCAGAUCUCCAAAAUUGCAAUAACGAAGCUUCUUGUACCCUUUCGCUUGCUUACAUUUGCAUGGGGACAUUCGGAAACAAGAAGAGUUUAAUUGAGCAUAUUAAGGCGAUUAAGAACAAUAACUUUCUGCUUGUGCCGCAUUUAAGCGUUCUGUUAAAGUCAUUCAAAAAGUUUGCCUCUCAUUGUAGAGAGGGAAAGUCUCACUUAAAGCAUUACACUAACCUGUUCUUCAACUGCAGCACCAUACUGUUUUUCCUUGUUAAUGUUCUAGUGGAAUCAAAAGCCAAAGGGCAGUGUGUAACAGAAACAGAAGCCGCAAUUGAAGAAAUCUACAGAGAAGAAAUCCUCGAAUUUGUCGUAAAAUACAUCGAGUACUGGAGGUGGAAUAGCCGCUUGAGUAUGAGAAUCAGAAUUGUAAUAAUACUCUUUCAUCGGCUUCUUUUGCUUCAAUUCGGUGAUAUGCAGUACUUCGAAGAAGUUAAGGAAUACGUUCACAAAAAGCACAACAUUAAGAAAAGAGAGAAUGGCCCCGGCGCCUUAGCAAUCAGUCCAUUGGACUACCAAGCGUUCAGGGAAGAUGUAACAUCGAGGUUUCCUACUUUUGUUCCACCUGAAUCUGAUAUUCCCGCUAGCUUUGAUAACUCAAACUCCCUAUCACAGUUUUUGGAAAUCCCUCGACCAAAAUCAAAAAGCACGCUUAACUCUAACCUUAGCGCUCCAGAAUGCCAUAUUGCUACUCCAGUGCCUUCCCCGUGCUCCUCGCCCACUUCCCAAAUGCGAGGCUCAAAGUCACGAAAAUCAUUUCAAACAAAUUUGGCAUACCCUUCCCUGUACCCUUGUGAUGAUACAGAUGGGUCUGACCCGCUUUCGUCGCGGAUCCGUGCUCCAGGAUGUGGGGAAGGUGAAACGCAAAUACCAUUUAGCGUUUUGGAAGCCACUGACAUCCUUCAUAAAAAUGUGGAGAUAAAGCUUUCCACGCGACAACUUUGGCAUGAGCGCGAGCUUUUCAUGAAACAAGAAAGAGGGUGGGGCUCCACACACGAAUCGCCAUCUGAAUUUUUGUAUCACUACAAUAAUGAGAACAAUGGGGAAGCUAGAACAAUGGUUAGGAUAGAAGAAUUCUACAAAAAAUGCCUUCCCAGCUUAAGUUCAAUCGCAUAUGUUCUUCUGCAAACUAUGGAAUCCAAUUUGAAUAACCGCACAUAUGUCCGCGACGACACGAAGGAUGAAAGCUCAGGGCUGCAAACUGCACCGCAGCUUGAAAUUAUCCGAUCUAAAGAAAUAGUGCUCAAAUCUUCAUGCUCAAGUCUAUACCUCUUGAUGAAAUGGCUAAAGCUUAGCCACAUUUUAAAAUUUGAACAAUUUUGUGUGAUCCUUCAUGAUUAUAAGCUUAUCGGCAUCGUUACCAGCCUUCUCAACACAUACACGGACAAGUACCAGGAGCGAGUGUUUGGUAAUGUUUUGCAACCCACACACUCAUUUUGGAAAGCAUGCUCCUCAUACAAUGCUGAUUCUUACGAUAUCUCAACGAAUAAGACCGUGUUGAGCCAUGAAAAUCUUGACCUUCGAUUUUUGAAUACAGUGGUAUAUCUAUUGAGGCUUCUAAGCAAAGUUACCGGCUGCAAAACCCAACGACUUAAGGAAUUACCUCUCGCGAUCGGGACGCUUCUCAAGACAUUUUAUCAGAUUUUCAAUCUAGACAUCUAUCAGCCCAUCCUUAAGAUAACCCAGGAGCUCACACCUUUUAAAAACAAAAAAUGGAAAUCAGAACAUAUGGAUCUUAUUUCUGGUGUCUACUUGUACAGGAGACUAAAACUCAGCGAUAAUUGGGUUACGGGGAAAGAUAUAACCGGAGAACUGAAUGACGCUUGCGGGCAAGAGAUUGCACUGCGAGCUUUACUUCAGUUUUACAACUUUUUGCAUUACAAACCUUCAAUCGAGCACCUGGGCUAUCACGAUAAAAGCGAUUUCUCGUUCUUCAGCAAAGAAGCUGAGAUCUUGACCAGUGUACACUAA